AUGGGGUCCACGACCUUCAGCCGCAGAUCACAAACAAGCGUGGGCAACUUUACACCGUGCACGGAGUGGCGCCAGGCCUCAGGGAUUUCCGCCUUUCGCGAUUGCAUUAAGGAAAAAUCGGAAAAAACCAAUGUAUCUCUCGAGCGGAUACCUUUCAUGUACGAGCGGAUCUUUCGGGCAGUGAGGGAUGCCAUCAUCGCAGCUGGCGGACCAGAGGACAUACGAAUUGUAUUGGACUUUGAGAAAGCCGCCAUUAACGCGGCCAGGAGGUGCUUCCCAAGCGCAUCAACGGAGGGGUGCGCUUUCCAUGCGCAUGGAACAAACAAAGAGAUGAUCUUGGGUUGCUCCCGCAGGAGGAUUGAAAGCUGGUGGAACACUAUAAAGGGGCUCAUCUUUUUACCACCACACCUACACCGUCGGGUCCCCGCGCGUUUCCAACCACCAGUUCCUAGGGGACAUGGUGCGUAUGGGUUCUGCGCACAGUUCCUCGACUACCUUCAGCGCAACUGGUACGAGGGCCCUUUCAGGACAUGUGGAACAAAUGGAACAAGAAAAGUCUCCGCACCACUAAUGUAG